GAGCUGACGGAGUCACUUCAGGCUGUGGAGCACAAUCUUUUAAAUAGUUUUCUUAGUUAAGGAAAACAUUAAGACAUCUACUGUUUCCACGGAGACCGCUGAUUUGCUGCCAUUAGCACUUGUUGUGACGUCACUUCUGGGAAACGACAUAGAAGAAGUGGCUGCUCUCUUCCUCCUGUGGGUCAGAGUUCAGCAGAGAUCUUGGCAGGAAGUCACCUGACUCAGUGACGCAGGUAAUGGAAUGCAGCCCUGUUCAGUCUGAUUGGCUCCACCUGUGCGUCUCCUGCUGCGGAAACAGGAACGUGCUUCCUUUGUGUUCCACUGUGUGUGAACAGGAUUAUACAGUCACAUGAAGAUGGACGAUCCUCGGCACGAACAAACUUCUACACUGAGCAUGUGGCUGAAAGUUCUGGGAAGAGCUGGCUCCACCGGUCUGAGACCAGACCCGACCCUCGUGCACGGCGCUCUCUCUCUCUCCCCCUCUCUCUCUCUCUGUCGGUGACGCGCCCCCGGGUUCCGUCCUACCGGAGGCAGCGGCAGCGGCAGCGGCGCGGUGUCUGCUCGGUGAGAUGCAGCAGAGCGCGGGAGAGGAGACUCACGGAGGAGCGGGAUUUGUCCACUGAGGCCCAGGACCCGGAGCUGCUGUCGGAUCCUUCCCGCGUCUGAACCGGGACCGUCAGGACGGAGCUGCUGCACUGAGACAGUGGAGUGACGACGGUGCUCUGACUGGAUGAACCCAUCCCUCCAUCCCUCCGUCAGCCAGAGGAAGGAUCUGAUGAGAGGACUGCAGAGAGAGGAGAGAACAGACCUCCUGCUAUGGCCAGUGCAGCUGACAGUGUCGGCAGUCUGGGUGCUGAGCAGAACCACCUGAGCGUCCCCGUCACAGAUCAUGGAGCCUGGGCCACGGCCAUGAACAACCUGGGCAUCAUGCCUGUGGGCAUCAGCGGGCAGCAGCUGGUUUCAGACUCUCUGUGUAUCCAGAGGUUCGACCCCGCCCUCGGCCUCAUCGCGCCCAUAAACCCCAUGAUGGCGGGGAUCAGCCUGGUCCCUCCCCCGCCUGUUCCCCCCGACAUGCCGGUCAUCAAGGAGAUCAUCCACUGCAAGAGCUGCACCCUGUUCCCUCAGAACCCCAACCUGCCCCCUCCCUCCACACGGGAGCGCCCCCCCGGCUGUAAGACGGUGUUUGUGGGCGGUUUGCCGGAGAACGCCACAGAGGAGAUCAUCAGGGAGGUGUUCGACCAGUGUGGGGAGAUCACCGCCAUCCGCAAGAGCAAGAAGAACUUCUGCCACAUCCGCUUCAGUGAGGAGUUCAUGGUGGACAAGGCCCUCUACCUGUCAGGGUACCGGAUGCGGAUUGGGUCCAGCACUGAUAAGAAGGACUCUGGGAGGAUCCACGUGGACUUCGCUCAGGCCCGAGACGACCUGUACGAGUGGGAGUGUAAGCAGCGGCUGCUCGCCAGAGAGGAGAGACACCGCCGCAAGGUCCACGAGGCCCGGCUGAGGCCGCCGUCACCGCCUCCCAUAGUGCACUACUCCGAACAUGAGGCAACGCUGCUCGCAGAGAGACUGAAAGACGACCACAAGUUCAACGAGGCCACAGCGGUGCUGUUCACCUGGAUCGACCGUGGCGAGGUCAACCGCCGCACCGCCAACCACUUCUACUCCAUGAUCCAGUCGGCCAACAGCCACGUCCGGCGGCUGAUGAGCGAGAAGGCGCAGCACGACGAGGAGAUGGAGCGCGCCAAAGAGGCGUUCAAGAACGCCCUGCUGGCCAUACUAACUCAGUUCGAGCAGAUCACGGCCGUUUUCACCGCCGCCACCAGGCAAAAGGCAUGGGACCAUUUCUCAAAAGCACAGCGCAAGAACAUAGACAUUUGGCGCAAGCAGUGUGAGGAGCUGAGAAACGCUCACAGUGAGGAGAUCAUGGGCAUCAGACGAGAGGAGGAGAUGGAAAUGUCAGACGACGACCUGGAUGAAAAUCCCUGCAAGAGGAUCCGCACUGAGGAGAACGGAGUGUGUGAUCAGACCCAGGCCUCUCUGAGGGAGGAGAACGACUCCCUGCGUUGGCAACUGGACUCCUACAGGAACGAGGUGGAGCUUCUGAGGAAGGAGCAGAGCAGAGCCGGCCGCCCCGACGACGACCACGCACACACACAGACACACAAACACGCACACAGUCCAGAGGCUCAGAUACAGCUGCUGCAGCAGAGCAUGCUCACCAUGCAGCAGCAACUCCUGAGCCUGCAGGAGAAGCUGUCGAAUAAGGAAGCAGAGUUGGAGCAGGCCAGAGAGGAGCAUCACUACCUUGAGGGGGAGGUGCUCACCCUCCGAGACAAGCUGCUGAACAGUGCUGGGGAGGCUGUGGAGGGAACCAACGGAGAGCUUCAUGACAAGGGGAUGAACGGGUGUGUUCCUUCACUGUACCACAGCAGAGACAGGAGGAGUGAGGUCAUCCUGAGAGGAGGCGUGGCUUCAGAGAAGGAGGCUCUGCUUCUGGGCAUCAUAUCGACCUUCCUCCACGUUCAUCCGUUUGGCGCCAACCUGGAGUACCUGUGGUCGUACAUCCAGAGACUGGACUCCAAGGUGUCGGCGGGGGAGCUGGAGCGCCUCAUGGUCCGUCUGCCCACCAUGUUCAGGCAGGAGCUGAGCGGCGUCGGCGCAACUCUGGAGAAACGCUGGAAGUUCUGCGGCUUCGACAGCCUCAGCUCGGCGUGACGCAGGAGGACGCACACACACACCGGGAAAACACACUGACGUGAACUAGGUGCACACAACACCUUGGACCUUCGGAUCUGUGUGUGUGUGUGUGUGUGUGUGUGUGUGUGUGUGUGUGUGUGUGUGUGUGUGUGUGUGUGUGCGCGCGUUCUCCAGCCUCAUGUCGGACCAGAUUCACAGCAGCAUUGGUGUUCACUCAAGCAGACACUGGAGACGGACGCUCGGACCUCAGAGACCACAGGAGGUGAAGUGACGGGGUUCACCUGGGUUCACCUGGGUUCACCUGGGUUCACCUGGGUUCACCUGAUCUUCACACUCGCUCAUGUUGAGGCGGUUCUCCAAACCGGAGUCUGGGUCCCUGGUUGUCAUGUCGUCGGUGUGAAUCGACAGAGAGUAAAAGAAGUUAAACCAAAGUGAAUCCUUCAUGACAUUUACACCUUCGCUGACGAACCUCACUUCAUUUAAAACGGGAGCUUCCAUUUUCCUGCUCGGACCAGGACCGGCGUCCAGCUGUGGCCCGGCUCCUCCACCUGAGAAGCAGACACGUUUAUAAUACAGUUUACAGUUGUCUCAAACACAGCAGCUCAUUUACCGCCUGAUACUUCUGGAUGAAAAUAACAGAGCGAGAGAGAGAGAGCGAGAGAGAGCGAGCUGCUCCAGGGUCUGAAAUCAUCCGACCAGCUGGGUGUGAAAAGGCUCCAGGCCUGAUGUCAACGUGCGCUCGCUGCCCGGCGUGUCGCAGAGGUCACGGACACGACCGGGAGGGGUGAGGGUAGACGAAGGACAAUAACUGACGGAGAGGGGGAAUAUUUGUGUUUUGUAAAGGACGAUAUGAGGGAGAGGACAACGUUCAAUCAUCCCUCUGGAUUUAUUCUGUGUUCAGUGGAAGCAGCUACACACUGUUUCUAACGUUAUUAAUGGUCCGGACUGUGUCCUGCUUUUUUAAAAUCUACGUCUCAGAGUUGAUGUUGCAGAUGUUUUUUUUCCUUCUGAAUGGUGACGAUGAUGAUGAUAAGAGGAAGACUGCAGAUCAGGACAGAUGUGAGCUGUGAGACGCUGACAAGACGAAUGAUGAAGACUUGUCCCUCCUUUUCUGUGUUUCUAAAGACCACAUGUUGUCUAUUUAAAAUGAGAAAAAGAUAAUUAAGUGAUUUUGUAUUGCACUUCCAUAAAGUUAGUGGACUGUUUUUUCUCUUAUUUAAAUAAAGAUGCUGAAAAUCAAA